AUGCUCGGCGCCGGUUUACCCCAAGCCGAGAGUGAAGAAACCUUGCAGUUCCUCAAGAGCAACAUUGAAGUUUUUGCUUGGACGCCGUACGAUAUGCCAGGCAUUGACCCGAAGCUCAUCCAGCACUCACUCAACAUUUCAAAAUCAGCAAAGCCUAAGAAGAAUGGAAAAUGGAGAGUCUGCGUGGAUUACACCAACUUAAAUGAUGCUUGCCCUAAGGACUGCCUCCCCCUUCCAAAGAUUGAUCAAUUGGUAGAUGCAACAGCGGGUCACGCUCGGCUGAGUUUCUUGGACGCUUAUCGAGGUUACCACCAGAUAGCCAUGGACCCCGACGACAUGGAAAAGAUGGUAUUCAUCACCCUCAGGGGCCUCUUCUGCUACUUGGUUAUGCCAUUCGGCCUUAAGAAUGCGGGGGCCACAUUUCAAAGAAUGGUAUACCUAUUGUUCGGAAUUCUCAUCGGCGAGAUCGUGGAAGCUUAUAUUGACGAUAUGGUCGUCAAAAGUCUCAAAGCCGAGAACCACCUCUCUCAUCUUGCCGAGGUCUUUGCAAUAUUGAAGAAGCACAAGCUAUGGCUUAACGCCGACAAAUGCGCCUUCGGAGUUAGCUCGGGAAAGUUCCUCGGCUACCUGGUUACUCGGCGUGGUAUCGAAGCGGAUCCGAACCAGAUCUCAGCUAUUCAGCAAAUAAAACCACCAUCCACUCCUCGGGAAAUUCGGAAGCUAACAGGGAUGGCAGCGGCUCUCAACAGAUAUCUACCCCUGGAGAAGCUUCUUCUAGCAUUGGUUACAGCAGCUCGGAAAUUGCUCCCUUAUUUUCAAGAGCACCCCAUCAUAGUUCUCACGGAGUUUCCACUUAAAAAUCUCUUGAGGAAGGCUGACCUAUCAAGCAGAGCCCAAGUAUUGGCAGACUUCAUUGCUGAAUUCACCCCUGGAAGCUCGGACGAAGAAACAUUGGUCAAGCCUAAUUAUGGAAUGCUAGAACAACAAGAGGCUCGGAAAACUUGGAACUUAUUCAGCGGAGACGUUUGGAAGUUACACGUUGAUGGGGCAUCAAACAGCAACGGCGCAGGUGCAGGGGUUGUCCUUCUGAUCGUCAAUCAAGUAACAGGUGAUUAUGAAGCUCGGGACCCAAGAAUGAUAAAGUAUCAGGCUACGGCUCUUGAGCUAAUCCGAGGGUUCAAGGGAUUCCAAAUCGAACAGAUCAACAGAGAGAACAACGCUCAUGCCGACGCUCUUGCAAGUUUGGCCUCGGCAAGCAAAGCAUCAGAAUACAGACACAUCAGCCUCGGCGAGAUCCACCAGCCAAGCUUCGAAGUCUCGGAAGAAGUGUUCAGCAUUUCCCUCGGCCCUAGUUGGAUGGACGAAAUCGUCUCGUUCCUCAAAGAUGAUACGCUACCCUCGGACAAAAAGGAGGCCCACCGUGUACGCAGCAAAGCAGCCUACUAUUGGAUCUCUGAGCACGGCCAACUCUACAGGAAAAGCUUCACUGGGCCAUACUUUCGAGUUGUUCACCCAACCGAGAUCCCAAUUAUUUUGACCGAACUCCACUCCGGAAGCUGCGGUUGUCACUCUGGCGGGCGCUCCCUCUGUCAAAGAGCUCUCAGUCAAGGAUACUUCUGGAAAGGAAUGAAGAAGGAUUGUGAAGAAGUGGGCAACGGCCAGGCCGAAGCCACAAAUAAGACUAUCUGCGCUGGCAUCAAACUUCGGCUGGACUCUAAACGAGGAAAAUGGGCCGAAGAACUGCCUCGGGUCCUUUGGGCCUAUCGCUCCACCCCAAGACGUUCCACUGGCCAAACUCCCUUUGCAAUGGCCUUCGGCAUGGAGGCUGUCAUCCCACUCAAAUCAAGGUUCCCAACCCUGCGUACUGAAACUUUUGAUCCCCAAACCAACAAUGAUGCAGUGGCAACCGAGCUUAUUUUAGCCGAAGAAAAGCGAGACGAUGCCCAGCUCAAGUUAGCCAACUAUCAGCAGGAAGUCGCUCGGGGCUACAAUCGAAGCGUAAGGCUUAAGAAGUUCAGAACCGACGACUGGGUCUGGCGGAAGGUUGUCCGAGCCAACUAG